AUGGAGCAGACCAUAAAGGCAAUGCUUGAAACCUUUAAGACGCAGAGAGGAGUUAACCAAGUGGUUAAAAAUGGUAUGGCUAAGCUCGAGGACGACCUUGGUUUUGUCUUCGCCUGCCGGCUGGUGAGCAAGGCGGCCAUGGAAAGGAUCGCCGAGAAAGUGGUGUCCCUACCUGACGACAAUGCGCGACCUUACAAGAAACUUCCAGCGACGUUUACUCUCCCAGGCUCCUCACCUCUACAAUACAUCAGUAUACUCCUAGAGUAUUGUUACAGUUCCAGCGACGUGUACUCUCCCAGACCCCUCAGUCACACGUCCAGCACCUCUCCUCUACAAUACAUCAGUAGACUCCUAGAGUAUUGUUACAGUUCCAGCGACGUGUACUCUCGCAGACCCCUCAGUCACACGUCUAGCACCUCACAUCCCUCUACAAUACAUCAUUCCAGCGACGUGUACUCUCCCAGACCCCUCAGUCACACGUCCAGCACCUCUCCUCUACAAUACAUCAGUAGACUCCUAGAGUAUUGUUACAGUCCCAGCGACGUGUACUCUCCCAGACCCCUCAGUCACACGUCUAGCACCUCACAUCCCUCUACAAUACAUCAUUCCAGCGACGUGUACUCUCCCAGACCCCUCAGUCACACGUCCAGCACCUCUCCUCUACAAUACAUCAGUAGACUCCUAGAGUAUUGUUACAGUUCCAGCGACGUGUACUCUCCCAGACCCCUCAGUCACACGUCUAGCACCUCACAUCCCUCUACAAUACAUCAUUCCAGCGACGUGUACUCUCCCAGACCCCUCAGUCACACGUCCAGCACCUCUCCUCUACAAUACAUCAGUAGACUCCUAGAGUAUUGUUACAGUUCCAGCGACGUGUACUCUCCCAGACCCCUCAGUCACACGUCUAGCACCUCACAUCCCUCUACAAUACAUCAUUCCAGCGACGUGUACUCUCCCAGACCCCUCAGUCACACGUCCAGCACCUCUCCUCUACAAUACAUCAGUAGACUCCUAGAGUAUUGUUACAGUUCCAGCGACGUGUACUCUCCCAGACCCCUCAGUCACACGUCUAGCACCUCACAUCCCUCUACAAUACAUCAUUCCAGCGACGUGUACUCUCCCAGGCCCCUCACCUCUACAAUACAUCAGUAUACUCCUAGAGUAUUGUUACAGUUCCAGCGACGCUCCUCACCUCUACAAUACACCAGUAGACUCCUAGAGUAUUGUUACAGUUUCAACGACGUGUACUCCCAGGCUCCUCACCUCUACAAUACAUCAGUAGACUCCUAG